AUGUAUAAAUGUAGGAAUAUAGCUAUCUCAGUCUGUUCCUAUCUAUCUAUCUAUCUAUCUAUCUAUCUAUCUCUACCUCGUAAUUUUCAUGACUAUCUAUCUAUUUCAAUCUAUUUCUCUGUCUCUCUCUUUCACUCUAUCUAUUUAUGUCAAUUUGUUCCUAUCUAUCUAUCUAUCUAUCUAUCUAUCUAUCUAUCUAUCUAUCUAUCUAUCUAUCUAUCUCAGGCUGUUCCUAUAUAUCUCAGGCUGUUCUUAUCUAUCUAUUUAUCUAUCUCAGGCUGUUCCUAUCUAUCUAUCUAUCUAUCUAUCUAUCUAUCUAUCUCAGGCUGUUCCUAUCUAUCUAUCUAUCUAUCUAUCUAUCUAUCUAUCUAUCUAUCUAUCUAUCUAUCUUCCGAUCAGUAUUUAUCUGUCUCUCUCUCUAUAUAUAUACUUCGUAAUUUUCAUGACUAUCUAUCUAUCUAUCUAUCUAUCUCCUGUCUCUACUUCUUUUCAUUUGCUUUCUUUCUUUUUUCUAGACAGUUUUUUUUUGUAUACUCUUCAUCUUUCUUUCCAUUCAAUUUCUUUAAUUUUUUUCUUUAUAUGGAUUUUUUCUCUCUUCUCUCAAUUUAUAUUCGGUUUGCUUCUUUACUCAUUUUAUUUUCAUUCCACUCAAUUUUUUCUUUCUUUUCAUUCUUCGCCUGUUUUCCUUCCCUCCUUCCUUCGUUCAUCUUUUAUUUAUCUUGUCUUUCCAUCUCUGUUUCUCCCUUUGAAAUUCUUCUUCUUCUUCUUCUUUUUCUUCUUCUUCUUCUUCUUCUUCACUUCCUCCUUCUCCUUCUUCUUCACUUCUUUCUCCUCCUCUUCCUCCUCCUCUUCCUUCUUCUUCUUCACUUCUUCCUCCUCCCCUUCCUCCUCCCCUUAAAACCUCCUCCUCCUUCUUCUUCACUUCCUCCUCCUCCUUCUACCUCCUCCUCCUUCUUCUUAUUCACUUUUCCUCCUCCCCUUCCUCCUCCUCCUCCUUUUUAUUUCACUUAUUGCUUUUUGUCUCUUUCUUGUAAUCUUUCUUUAGCUGAUUUUUUACCGAGUUAUUUUCCUUCCUUCCUUCUCGUCAUCCCUUCCUUCAUUCCUUCCUUCCAUCUUUCUUUCUUUUUUAUUUGUUUCGUUGAUUUUCUUUUCUUAGACCUCAUUCUUUUUCUUCCUUCCUUCCUUUAUUCGUCCACACAUUUCUUCUUCUUUCAUUUCAAACUUCUUCUUCGUCUAUUUAUUGCCUGUUUCCUUCAUUUAUUUUUUAUUCAUUUUCCUUCUUUAUUCUUCUUUCAUACGUCAUUAUUUCCUUUCCUUUUUUUUCUUUUCUCACUUGAUUGCUUUCUUUCUUCCUUUCAUCCUUUUUUUCUUUUUAUAUUUUGUUUUCUUGUUUCCUUCAUUUUUCCUUCAGCUCCCAAUCAUUUCCUUCUUUUAUUUCACUAUUCGUUCUUUUUCCUCCCUUUACAUGAUAUUUUUUCCUUUGGUUCCUCUUCUUAUUUGAAACCACAUUCUGUUUCCCAAACAGAAGUUUCAUUCCCACCGAUUUAUCUAACGACGUUCUUUUCGAUUGAAAUCUAA